AAUGAUUAAUCACAUAUUUUGUUCGAUUUAAAAAUCUUUAAACAUAGCUAUCUUAUUUAGCAGUCGUUGAUUUUUAAGUUCGAAUCCGUCUUCUACUUCUACUAUAUUUCAAUUCUCUCGACGACUGUUCACGAUGGAAAUGAAACAGCAUAACUGGAUCCCUGGUAACUUCAAGAGUGUUCCUGAUAUCGGUCGUUCAGCCCAAAAUGACAGUGUGCAACAUGGAUGGACUCCAAUAACGACUACUACUUCUGUUCUUGGUGUUGUAUUUGAUAAUGGUGUAGCUUUAGCUGCUGAUACCCUGACUUCAUAUGGUUCAAUGGCGUGUUUCCAGAACAAUCCCAGAAUAUUAACAGUGAAUAAAAACAUUAUUGUAGCAGCGUCUGGUGAAUAUUCUGACUUUCAAUUCAUACGAGAUGCGGUUGAAGAAAAAGUUAGGACUGAAAUAAGUCUUAACGAUGGUAUUUCUAUGAAACCAAAAGCUUUAUACACUUGGCUGUCCCGUGUCUUAUAUAACCGCAGAACCAAGAUGAAGCCUCUUUGGUCUACAUUUUUAGUAGCUGGAAUCCAAAAUGAUGAACCAUUUUUGGGUCAAAUUGAUAAAUUGGGAACUGCAUUUGUUGAUGAGCAAAUUGCUUGUGGUUACGGUGCAUAUCUUGCAUUACCAUUAUUGCGGAAAGGUAUUGAAGAAAAACGUGAAAAGUCUAAUUCUAAAUUAACUAAAGAAGAAGCAGUUGAUUUACUAAAGAAGUGUAUGGAAGUGUUAUAUUACAGAGAUGCUAGAAGUCAUGACAAGUAUCAAAUUGGUGUUGUUACCAAAGACUCCGUAGAAGUACUGGAUCUUGCAUUGAAGCCAACGUGGGAAGUUGCUAAGCUUGUGCAAGGAUACGAAUAAAUUAUUGAAAAAUUUA